AUUGUUUCCUUUUGGGGCUUUCAGUGGAAGAAGAAUAUAUUGGGUGCACUUGGCAUUCCUUCACUCUUCUCCUCAAACUCUAAGGUACCUCCCUCUUCUGUUCAAACCCAUUCUCUCUCUCCCCUUUCGCGUGUCACACUGACACAAAGGAGCACCGAAACAAGUCCAAAUACUCCAAUUAAGGCAAUGUCGGGCAGAAAAGAAACGGUUCUGGACCUUGCAAAGUUUGUAGACAAAGGCGUUCAAGUUAAGCUUACUGGUGGCAGACAAGUGACAGGGACUCUAAAAGGGUAUGAUCAGUUGCUUAACCUUGUCCUAGAUGAAGCUGUGGAGUUUCUAAGAGAUGCUGAUGAUCCUCUGAAAACUACCGAUCAAACCAGACAGCUUGGCUUAAUUGUUUGUAGAGGAACUGCUGUCAUGCUUGUGUCCCCAACUGAUGGUACAGAUGAGAUCGCCAACCCCUUUAUACAGCCAGAUGGGGCCUAAGUGAAAUUUUUAUACCUUUAAAUCUGUAUGGUAGCUGAUCAGAAUAUGUCAUCGCUUUGGUACUGAGCCAUUAAUGUGGAGAUUCUGAUUAACUGAAUCUGUAUUUUGUAAACUUGGAUAUUUAUCUAUGCUUUGAAUUAAUUGAAUAUCACACAUUGCACCUUCUUGUUCUAAUGAAGUCAAUUUAUCUGAAUUA